AUGUUCCGAAUACUCGCCUUAAUGUCCUUGGCUGGCGCCCUCUUUCUCCGGGCGCGGUCUGCAUCUAUCGCGACCGCAUCGGUCGUCCCGUUUUCUUCGAAGUCGGACAGAACGUGGUUAUGGGGUUGGGCAUGGGGGUCGGAAAGCACAGUUUCAGUGGUGGAUAGGACUCCAGUCGUUUCUUGGAUCUCAAGACCUGCCGCAUUUGGUGCUGAACUGGGAAACCCACUACUGGGUUACGUGAUCCCUAUCUCUUCGUUCACCGAGCCGUGCGCUGCCAACGAAUCAUAUCAUGAAACCCCCAAGGAGUUGAAUUGGGGCUGCCCCAGCCUGUGUGUGACAGGACCUCACCAGCCUGAGCCAGCAGAAACGUGGAUUGCACUCGUGCAAAGGGGCGGAUGUGAAUUCGUUCACAAAGUCCGAGAGGCCCAGCGGUUGGGUGCGAAAGCCGUGGUGGUAGGAGGUAAUGAUCCUGAUGUCUCAGGAUAUCCCGAUACCCUCGUCAAUAUGUAUAGUCAAGAAGAUGCGUCUGAUAUCAAGAUUGCAUCGACCUUCAUCAAGCACUCAGCGUACAUGGAACUCUCCUCAUUAAUAGCUUCUUCGAACACUUCACAUUCCGGCCUACAGACUCUCUCGCUACUGAUAACUGCGGAAUACUCCGCAUGGGAGUGGUACUCACCAGUAAUAACAUUCGUCAUCAUCCUACUUCUUCCUUCCAUACUCACUUUCAUCACACUCCUCGUCCAUCGUAUUCGGGCCGCCAGAGCCGCCCAACUUGAUCGUGCACCCGAAGAAGUAGUUCUGAACCUUCCUUGGAAAGUUUGGACUGGGAAUGGCUGGGAGAAGCAUGAAGGUUCCAUAGACUCGUCACAAUCCGCCCCCCCUUCGAAACCUCCCGCAGGCGUUGCCACCACAGUCACGUCUGAGGAAGCAGCGGAGGAAGCGACUGGAGCUUCUUCCAGCACGUCGAAUCAAGCCAACCAACCUUGGUUUGAACAACAAAUGGAGUGUGCUAUUUGUUUGUCCCAAUUUGAGAAGGGCGAUCGAGUACGCGUAUUGCCUUGCCAUCAUAUAUUCCACCUCGAGGAGGUCGAUGAAUGGCUGAUUCAACGGAAGAAAUUAUGUCCCGUAUGUAAAGCCGACGUAACGAAACCACCGCCAGACCAUGAGGUUCAUCCACAUGCCACAUCAGCUACCGAGCCAGAAGCUCAGGAACCUCCCCCAACAGAACGAACUCCUCUUAUUAAUGAUCGGUCUUGA